CGGCCGGAGCGGCGGCGGCGGCGGCGGCGGCGGCGGCGCGGGGCAGCAUGAGGGAGCCGCUCGUGUGGGUCCUGCCACCACGACGGCCCAGGCGGCGGGGCUUGGACGCGGCCCGAGCGCUAUGUACAGCGUAGAAGACCUCCUGAUCUCCCACGGCUACAAGCUGUCCAGAGAGCUGCCGGCACCGCGCAAGGAUGACGGCGUGGGGCGCCAGCCCGUGAGGCCCCGGGCGCCGGCGGGCCCCAGCCUGCUGAACGGCUGUGACGAUGGCCCUGCCGCCUCCCCACGCGGCCAGGCCUCGCUGGGGACCGGCCGCCUGAGCGAGUCCGAAAGCCGCGGGCCUCGGAGCCUCGGGGAGCCCCCGAGCGCUGCUGCCGCUGCGCGGAUUUCCGAGGCUGGGCUCCGCCAGCAGCCCCCGGCCGGCCGCAGCCAUACCUACCGGAGGAGGGAGCAGGAGGCCCACGAGGAGCCGGCCCGGGCCCCCAGCCCGCCCACGCACGCCACCCAGGGGCCCCGGGAGGCUGGAGGAAGGAGCGAGGACGUGAUGAAGAAGGCACUUGGCGAGGAAGGGCUGGGACUGGCGGGUCCCGCCAGAUGGCAGAGCGUCCGCGUCGGAGUCCAGAGCCAGCCACGGAACCCAGGGGGGCAGAUGCCGGCUGGCGUCGGGGAGAAGUUGUUCCAAGACCUGCACCCGUGUGUGCUCGGAGGCCACGGCUUGACCUCCCAGAGCCCAGGGAAAUCCCAGUCGCUGCCGAGAGUUCUUUCCCCAGAGGACCUGAGCUGCGUGGAGAUUCCCAUCCCGUUGAGCGACGGGCACUUUCCGGGUGUCCCUCAAGUGCCAUUUCAGCCUCCAAAUGGUGCUCACGAUUCGGAAUCCACCAGGAACCCCGAGAAGGGCGGCUCCUCGGCCCCCUUACCCCGGCCUCGGUUUGGGAGACCGCUCAAGCCUCCAUCUUACGGCUCCCACCAACACUGCAGGGCCGGCGCGGAAAACGGCAGCUACGCGGACAGCCGGCAGCCGGACUCGGCUGCUGCCCCCUCGGCCAAGGCGAACGACGCCGCCAGGCAGGAGCCGUGCGCGCCCGACCCCGGCCUGGAGCCCCCGGUGUACGUGCCUCCGCCCUCCUACCGGCCGCUCCAGGCCGCCGCACCCGCCUGCCCGGGGGAGGCCCGAGGGCGGAGGCCUGAGGGCGGAGGCCGCCGCGCUCAGCGGCACCCGGUGGAGAAGGCUGCCGCCGACGGCCAGCCCCCUUGGGGACCCCGGGGAGCCGGGGAGGAGCGGGGGCCCGGCCCGUGCUCUCCUGUCGGGGUCCUCCCGCAGCCCCGCCCCGCCACGGCUUGUGACGGCUCCGUCCUGUACAUCCCCUUCGACGACCCACGGAUACGACACAUUAGACUCGCCCGACCCCACGGGUUCUGGGAAGACGUGAAGCUGGACGGCCCUGUCCCUGCCCCGGAGCCGGCGCCUGGAAGCCUGCAGCGGGAGGCUGCCGUUCGGGGCCCCUCGGGGAGCGAGAGCCGCCCCACCCCGGCCGAUCCCAGCGCCCCCUGGCUGUGGGACCGGCUCCCCAGGGGUGGAGAAGACGGUGGCUUUGCUGACCAAAGAGAUGCCUGCGUCGUCACUCGGAGUCAGCGGCCCGACGUGCGCGAAGAAAGCCUCAUCUCCUCCCCGAGCCCCCAGGGCGAGGGUACCUGCGAGACACAAACCCAGCUCAGAAAGUUCGAAGCUGGGCUGCAGACCAAGAAAAGUUCAAAGAAAAAAAUGAGCGAGACGAUAUUUUGUUUGGUUUCCAUCCCAGUUAAGUCAGAAUCACAUCUGCCAGCUACAGAUACGAACAACAAUGACUUGAAACAGAGCGCGGAUAAGAGGCCUGGGCCCGAGAAGAGCGCGGCUCUGCCAGAGCAGAGCCUGCUGAGCUUGUCCUCCACCGACCUGGAGCUGCAGGCGCUCACGGGUGGCAUGACCGGGAGGACGGAGCUCCGGGAACCAGACCCGGGGGGCCCCGGCGGAGACCAGCCAACAGACGGCCCCAGGUUCCCACUGCCUGCGAAGCACCGAGCGCUCGCGUGUCCUGGCUCGUGGCCCGGGCAGCAGUACAGAGACCAGCAGACGCAGACCGGCUUCGCCCAGGAAUCCCAAAGCCCGCGGCCCGUCACCGGGGAGAUGCGGGGAGGGUCCCCCGACGCCGCAAUGCCUCCAAGAUGUUUGGACGCCUUCGGGGUUCAGAUGCACGUGGCGUUGGCGUCCAGUGACCAGAGCCAGAGGCCCGGGGCUCCUUCCCCGAAAGGCCAAGGGGGGCCCCUCAGCCCGUGCAGCGGCAGCACCUUCUCAGGGUCUUCCUCAUCCAGGAACCAGGCCCCCAGCCCGGGUGAGCCACGCAUGGACGGCCGUGGCCGCGGAGGCAGCCCGGUGCCCAGGGCCGAGGUGGUCAAGGGGGCGACCACAGGCCCCUGCAACAGUAGACAGCCGUUCGGGCAGUUCCUCCUGAAGCCCGUUAGCCGCCGCCCCUGGGACUUGAUCAGCCAGUUGGAAAGUUUCAACAAGGAGCUUCAGGAGGAGGAAGGGAGCAGGGACGGCGGCGGCAGCGGCAGCGAGGACAGUGAGACAGAGCCGCCCUGGGGAGGCCGUGCCCAGCCCGCGCCCGAGCGCCCAGGCCUCCCGGAGGGCAGGGCACCCGAGGACCCGGGGCCCAGGCCGGGCAGCGUCAAGGGCAAGCCCGAGAGCUGGGGCGAGGGGGCGAGGCCUCGGUCCCCCGGGCCCCGGCAGGCAGAAGGCAGCGGACGCACCGCGGGGCCGUCUUCCCCCGGGAGCUGGAUGGCGGAGGAGGGGGACCGGGAGGUCGAGGCCGGGGUGCCCGAGCCGGCCGUCAGCCCGAGGCCUGCGAGACGAGGAGCGUCUUCCGGGCCGAGCGAUGCCGGAGCGGGGCCCCCACGCGAUCCAGCGGAACCGAGGGCGCCCCCGCCGAGUCGGGGGCUCCGCGGCGGGCUCGGUGCUGCGGAGCUGAGCGCAGCCAGCGCACCCAAGGCAGGCGGUGAGGAGCAAGCGGCCACGGGGGCCCCCCUCUCUCUAGCUGGCAAACCCCGAGGCCUGUCGGCGCCAGACUUGAGGUCUGUGGGGCUGACGCCGGGGCAGGAGCAGAGCGCCGGCCAGUUAGCGGGGUCUCCGGGGGAAACCAGUGCAGUAGAAAUCCCCCCAAACGAGUCUCUCCAAGCCAGGGCUGCCAGGAUCCUGGGCAUUGAGGUGGCCGUGGAGUCCCUGCUGCCAGGCGCCCGAAGGACAGGGCAGAGCCAAGACCCCGAGCCCGACGGAGGUGCCCGCAGGCUUGAGGCCCCCAGGCAGGAGGCAGCGGCCGGCCCAGCCCAGCGGUGUGACCCCGCCGCGUCCGCCGACGCCUUCUACAGCAGGAGGAGGUGCGGCUGGACCGAAAGCCCUCUGUUUGUGGGAGAAGGGGCCAGCGCCCGGCAGGCUCCCCGGGCCUCCGAGCCCGUGGGCGUGGACGGGGCCGUCCCCAGCAAGGCCCCUGAGCCUCAGCCCCGCCCCCAGGAGUGCCAGCCCUUCCAUCGCAAGGACGUGGAGACAAAGCCACCCUUCAGGUCCACCUUGUUCCAUUUUAUAGAAAGGACCCCAAAUUUGGCAGCCUCAGAGAAGAGGCUCCGAAGCACGUCCAAAGUGAUUGAAAGUUUACAGGAGAAACUGGCGUCCCCCCCGCGGAGGGCAGACCCCGACCGCCUGAUGAGGAUGAAGGAGACUCGUACGACCCUAGCAGGGUGGAGAGGGUGUGAUGACGCGCCAGUGGAGUGCGGGGCUGUGUCGUCUGCUAACGGAGUGAUCUCCGAGCUGGCCUCAGCCCCGCCGCCCGGGAGGAAGCUGGGACCCUCGCUGUGAUAUCCUGUCCCCACUGCCGCCAGGAAACUCAUCAGCCCUAAAGAGUCACUCUGUGGAAGUAAAGCAGUAGUUCGUUGAAACCAUCUGUUUUUAUAGCACGAAGAGUUAAUACCUGUAUUUAGAAAAGAGUCACAAAGACCCUCCUUAAUGAUGGGUUUAGCCAAGCUGGUAAAGAGUUUGGUGUUAAUCUGGCUGUAUGUGAAAACUCAAACGUGGAUGAUAUGAUGAAUGAUUUUAAAAGGACCGUGAAUGUCGUAAAUCCCCCUUCGCUUCCCCGUGGCCUGCGGUCCACGCUCAUGUCACAGAGUUUGGGAUGUAGGCCAUUGCUAGUGUGUCAGCACUUUGAGUUCUGGGGAAAUGUGAACGCAUAUGUAUGAUCCAUUUCUCAUCAGUCUGGCCUUCUGCUGAAGUCACUUUACGUAUAAGUAACUUGCCAUCAGAGAAUAAAGCUGUAGCUUUUAAGUUCCCGAAAGAUUAAAACUUGUACCAUAAUGAACUAAGAGUGUUAUUUAUCUGGCAAUGAGAUACUUUGAUCGUUUGCAAACAUGAUGUUGUCUGCUUUGCACUCAGUAUUAUCUAUUUUUAUUUCCUGUAUGGAUGUUUAGAAAUUCUUUAUAUGAAAAAUAAUUGCUGGUUUAAAAUAGACCAUUUUAACAAAGUAACUAUAUUUCUUUUUACAAAAAUGCUAUUUUUCUAUGAUGUAAACAAUCGUUAGGUGGCAGAUUUUUAAGGAAGUUUAUUGUAUUUAAGAGUCUGUAUCCCUUUGUGUGAGAGGACCCAAAGAGGGUUCACAUUUGCUUUAAAGCAUAUAGCCCUUACCCGUUCACAACUCUGCUACUUUUAGUUUAUCUUAGAAAGAGAUGUCAAUAUAGGCAUUUUUCAGGGUUAAUAAAAUUAACUUUUCACAAAGUUUUUUUACAAAUAGAGCUGUACGGUUAUAUUUGGAAAUAACCCUCUUAAAACCAGCCAACAUCCUUACGACAAAUUUUUGCUGCCACAUCCACUAGAAUUACCAAAAAACAUAGUUUCAUCUUUGUACGUCUGUGGGGAUCCGCCCUGAGACCAUACUUCCCCUCUUCCCACCCCGCCCCUUUAAAGAAAUAUGUAUUUUUAUCUAGAAUCAUCCUUAAUUAGCGUCUGCAUAGUUUUCAGAAGUGCUAGAGACAUUAUAUGUAUGCCAUUACAAAAGUAUUAUGAGGCCUAUGUAUUCUACUGUUUACUAUUGCAUUAACCUGCACAAAGUUUAUGCAUUUUUUAUGCAUUUGUCACUUCUUUCUAAGUCGGGCGUUCUUGUGAGCUAACAUUUCCUGAAUGGUUUCUUGUCUCCUUCCUCCCUCCUUUUCCUCUCCUUUUUUUUUUUUUUUUUUCCUUUCUUCUUUCCUUCUCUCUCUCUCUUUUUCAGAAACCACCUUAUCUAUUUUUAGGCAUUUCAAAUUCCUAAAAUGUGAACUAUUGGGUGGUCUGCAGUUUGGCCCUAAAAUGACUCUGGGCUUUCAUGGCCUGUUUUUAUCUGUACCUUAUGAUUUUAUUUCAUCAGAACUUCAUGUAUUUGGAUGGUAAUAAACAACACAGAAUCCAA